AUGUCCAGACCUGAAAGCACCAUCGACUACUACUAUAACGCUAAAGGCGAAUGGGUAAAGCGCCCGGAGCGUGAGCCUCCAUUCGUAUUGUACUUCGGGCUGCCACUGGUUGAUCGAUGGUUUGACCCGGACAACUUGCCCAGUUGUGAAUUCAAGUACGAUCUGGGGGGCAACGUCAACAAAGUCGCUACUGCCGACUCCAAGUUCGGGAACAGGGACGGAAGCUUUGACACCCUCUUAGACGACGUUCUCAAGGGACGUGAAGAUCAAUUCGAGGUUGGAGGGGAAAUGCAGAUCGCAGCUCUCGCUUCGGCGCCAGGCUCCGUUGCAGUACUCGGUGCAGUGGGAGGAGACAAGGCUGGAGAAGCUUGCAUCCAAACUCUGAAAGAAGGAGGGGUCGCAGCUCAGUACAAGAAAAUUGCAGGUGAGGGCACUGGUUUCCGCGUCACGUAUGACACGGACGACUCAAUGUUCGGCAAGUUCCUAAGCACCCGCUUCGUCGUGCCCCGAGCGGCAAGUCGUUACACAGUAGGCGACCUGAAGCAAAAGGACAGUGAAGGAGCCAUUGCGAGAACCACAUGGCUAUAUCUGGACAGUGGAAGCUUGUACGCCGACUCGACGACGGCAGUGCAGCUCGCCGAGCGCGUUGCGAAGGAUGGAAUGCGCAUCAUCUUCAACAUGUCCCUUCCUGAAACCUUCGAAGACCAUGAGACUGAUGCCCGCCGCCUGAUAGCCCUGUCCAAUGUCGUCGUCAUGAACGCAAAUGUGGCUGAACGCUGCGACGCGAGCACCAACGACGAAGAGAAUCGUGACUGGAAGAAGGGCGCAACAGCAAUCGCCGAUAGUCCACCUCACCAGCCAUCGACGACUCAGUCCCAGCCCGAGCAGCAGCCAAACUUUGUGAGAUGGGUGGUGGUGACACGCGGAGAGGAUGGCUAUGCUCUCAUCGAAGGACACCCCGGCAACAAGAGCCAGACGAAGGUCUCCUCUGUUCCCAUCGAUCCCGUUGACUGGCGGAAGUGGCAACAUGAACGAUCGCACGACAGGCGUGGUGUCGGUGACCUCUUCGCGGGCGGCUUGGUUGCAGCGCUUGCCAAAGGCUACCCCAUUCAAAUGGCUGCUUCAUGUGGCCACGCCCUGGCUGCCUACAGCUUGACCCAGAAGGGCCCGAAACUGCCUCCCAAAACCUCAGCUACGUAUCAGUUUUGA